AUGUUAAAUCUAACGAGCGCUUUUGACUCCCCGCGGUGGAUUGAAAUCACGUCCGGACUAUGGAUAUUGCUACUUUUCGCUCUGGGAAUCGCGUUAAACGGACUUACCAUGGGCGUGUACGUGAAGUACCCGAAAAUGGUCAACGUGACCUCGUUCUUUACAGUUGCGAUAAUUACGAACGGUUUGCUGAGCUCCGCUUUAGGCUACAUUCCAGUGAUAAUCGCUGAGUUUUCCGGCCACUGGUUAGUGCAUAUGUCAGAAGACUCCUGUAUCGCCGAGGCGCUCAUCGUCUAUUACUUCGGAUGCUCGUCCAUGUUCCUUCACGUCUGCAUCGCCUACAUCCGCUACCAGGGCAUAGUGGCGCUGCCAAUCAGUAACGCGCCUGUCGAAAAAUGGCGGGUGGCGCUAGCGUUCGGCGCGUGCCAGCUCCUCUCGCUGGUUCUCGCGGUAUCUCCGCUGCUUGGGCUCGGUGCAUACGGGCUGGAGGCGCAUGGGACCAGCUGCGGGCUCGCCUGGAAUGACCGCAGUCGCGCCGGUCUGGGGUAUCUGAUACUCAUAGGGACCGUGUGCUACGUCUUUCCGGUGACGUUCAUGUGCGUCUGCUACGUGCAGAUCGUCAAAACGGUUCACCAGUCGUCAGUUCGAGUGAUACCUGCUUCCAGCGAGGCGAUGAUUAAAAGAAGAAGAAAACAGAUCCACCUGGUCAAGAUAUCAUUGGGUUUAGUCUUGGCUUUCGUCGUAUCGUGGACACCUUACGCAAUCGUCUCUUUCUACACCGUGUUCGCAAACCCGCACGCCCUCGACCCAAUUCUGACCCGAUCGGCCGCAUGGUUAGCUAAGACGGAGGUCAUCUGGAACCCUUUGGUGUACGCCCUGCUGGACAAAAGCUUUCGUCGGAAAAUGGAGAAGUUGAUGUCUUCUAACCGGAACCUUCAAGGUCACACCUGUAAAGAAAAUGGGACUGGAGGGGGCGUGGACUAG